CAGCCAGAAAAAACCCCAGCACCGCAACACCAGCGCCACGGCCCACGCACCCCCGCCAUCCGCACAGCAGUAGUCGCCCCCGCGCUCUCUGCUCCAGAAUCCCUACGAACCUCCGUCGCGUGUCUUCCCUGCAAGCACAACAAACACUUCCGUCACCACCAUGUCUUUCCCCGGAAUGAUGCCAGGCGGCGGUGCGUUCCCCGGCGCGCGCAGCAAUGAUACGCAGGGCAUGAGCGAGCAGGAGCAGGCGAUGGUCAAGAUGAUGCAAAAAGGCAUGGAGUCCUGCGUGGCCAAGACGAUCAUGUCGGGCGUGGCAGGCGCAGGUAUGGGUGCGCUGUUCGGCCUCUUCAUGUCCAGUAUGCGCUACGACACGCCCCUCACGCCGCAGGGCCAGGAGAUCGCGAAGCUGCCGAUGCGCCAGCAGCUGCGACAGGGAUUCAAGGAGAUGGGCCGCGCGAGUUACAGCUCGGGUAAGAACUUUGGGCUUAUUGGCGCGGUGUUCUCGGGGACUGAGUGUGCGAUUGAGGGCCUUCGCGCAAAGAACGACCUCUACAACGGCGUCGCGGCCGGCUGCAUCACGGGCGGUGCGCUGGCCAUGAAGGCCGGUCCCCAGGCCACGGCUGUGGGCUGCGCCGGCUUCGCCGCUUUCUCUGCCGCUAUCGACUACUACAUGAAGCUGCCGCCGGAUGAGACGCGCAACCCUGUCAUCUAAACGGGGGUAUAUGUCAACGGGAGUGUGCGAUACCAGUACCACUGUACGAUAGCAUAGACGGCGGACAACGACGACGAGAUGCAUAGAUAGAGGGCCUGUUUGGCUUGCGUGCUUUUCCGCUCUGGAGAGGCUGGGUGCGAAAGAUGGGGUUUGGCAUGUUGGGCUAGGCGUUAUGGUUGCGCGAGGGGUGCGCAUUGGGCUGGCGUUGGUAGAGGAUAUCCCCAAUCGACAUUUUCAAAAGACGAGCAAGCGGCAUCUGUGUAUAAUUAGGAUGCCAUCAUGCAAGAGCGUUAGAGCUUUCGAUAAGUGAGUAGAACAUGUCCAGUCGCAGUGUCCUAGGAGUGCUAGUGGACAUGAUGCAGGGGGUCCUCACACCAAACACUUAAGUCUUUGUU